AUGAGUAAGAAAGCCGCGAAGAAGGCCGCCAAGGCCAAGGCCAAGGCCGACGCCAAGGCCAAGGCGCGUCUCGAGAAGGGCCUCGACCCGAACCCUCCGCCGAACCCCCGGCAGAGGCUAGUGCCGAUGAUGGAGAGCAAGCGCGCCGCGCUCGCCGGCACCAAGCGCGCCGCCCCGGAACCCGACGCCGACGCACCGGCGCCGGACGGCGACGGCGCCGGGACCCUCCUGCCGAAGUCGGCGAUCAUCAAGAGGACGACGAAGGAUAACGAGAUCGUCGCGGAGGAGGAGGAGGAGUACUACGACUGGAUGCCAGUCGAUCCCGACUACUACAGGAACGAGCCCGUGGACGACGACGACGACGACGACGACGACGCGGACGGCGUCGACGACCCGACGUUAGUGGACCCGCGGCCGACGUGGAUGCGCCGGAAGCAGCGCGCGAUGGAGAAGAAGGCGCGAGCCGAGGCGCUCAUCAGAGAGCAAGACCCGGACCCGCAGCCCAAGGCGCCGCCGGUGCGAAUCGAGGAUCACGGGCCUUGGCUCCCGAUGACCUCGCACCGCACGCUGCACGCGUGCUGGAAGAUGCAGACGUUCGCGAGCGACGUGUUCAUAUGCUCGUACCCCAAAUCCGGGACGACGUGGAUGCAGAACAUCGUCGCGCAGAUCAUCACGCAGUGCGAGCGAAAGAAAAACGGCGCCACCGGCGCGACCAUGAAGUUCAAGCACAUCUCCGACGUGGCGCCGUUCCUCGAGAUCGACCCGCACUGGAACCACGACAGGCUCGACGACUUCGGCCGCCCGAUGCACACCGACGAGCUGUACGAAAAUUUCGAAAAGUUCGAGCGACGGACGUACAACACGCACCUGCCUUUCGAGCUCGUCCCGGGCAAGGGCAAGGUUGGUGAAAUUUUUCUUCCGUGGGAGACUUGGGCGCACAAGCCGGGGGUGUCGGUGCGUCCGAGGUACGUGUACGUGGUCAGGGACGGACGGGACUGCGCGGUGUCGUUUUACCACCACCUCAGCAGCCAGGCGCCGGAGGAUGGCGGGUACGCGAAGGGUUGGAACGCCUUUUUCGACGAGUGGAUCGAGGGGAAAAUCGCCUUCGGGGGCUGGGCCGAGCACUUAAAGUCGUGGCAGGUACCGGGCGAUUUCGACCCGGCCGUGCUCGUGGUCAGGUACGAGGACAUGAAAAACAACCUGAGGGAGGUGGUGAAACGCGUCGCCACGCACGUGCUGGGCGGCCCGUGCCAGGUUUCCGAGCAGGACCUGUAUCGCAUAGCCGCUCGAUGCUCGUUCGACCGAAUGAAGAAGGAGAUUGAUCGGUUCCAGCCCAAGAGCGUCCGGUGGUCGAAUCCCGACUACUGUUUCCUGCGAAAAGGGGAGGUGGGCGACUGGGAGGUGACCUUCACCGCGGAACAGGAGGAGAGGUUCCAGAAGAAGAUCGAAGAGGUGUUUGGAUUCGACAGAUUUGGUAAACCGCUCGGACCGCCGCUGCUGGAUCGCAUGUCGGCGAUGUACUCGGACAUAGGGGUCUGGGAAGAGGCGUGGACCGGCAUCCCCGAGCGCCCGAUCGCGCGAUACUGA